CUUCACCUCACAGUUGCGCAGUUAUCCCCCACUUGUCGACGAUAGACGUCUAUUGAACGCGCUGGAGUUGAGUCCUAUCGCUCAUGUAUCGUGCCUUCUGCGCAUCUCCCAGACCGCAAUUCUUAUCUGGAGGCCUCUCGUCUUUCUUCCGUGCUCCGUCCUGCUAUCGGAACAAUAUAGUUCGCAAUCGGAGGACCAUGGCAAAUUCCGCCUGCCCGGCCCCUGAGGCAUUUGAUUCCAGGCCGGUUUUCUUUUUUGAUAUUGACAAUUGUCUUUAUUCCAGAUCAUGUAACAUACACGAUGAGAUGCAGAUAUUGAUAAAUAAAUUCUUCGUCAAACACCUUUCCCUCGAUCCUCAAGACGCUCAUAUGCUCCACCAGAAAUACUACAAAGAAUACGGCCUUGCCAUCGAAGGACUCACCCGUCAUCACCAAAUUGAUGCUCUUGAUUUCAAUCGCGAAGUCGACGAUGCUCUGCCGCUGAACAACAUCCUGAAGCCGGACCCCAAGCUGCGGAAGCUACUUGAGGACAUUGAUAAGACAAAAGUCAAGCUAUGGCUUCUCACGAACGCAUACGUCAAUCAUGGCAAGCGUGUCGUGAAAUUGUUGCAAGUUGAUGACCUUUUUGAGGGGAUCACAUACUGUGACUAUGCGCAGCCGCCGCCGUUGGUUUGUAAACCUAGCCAGGAUAUGUACGAAAAAGCGGAGAUAGAGGCGGGCGCUCCAAGUACAGAGCAGUGCUACUUUGUCGAUGAUUCCCACCUGAACUGCAAGCACGCUGAGGCUCGCGGCUGGAUCACAGCUCACUUUCUUGAGCCCGAGCUUCCGAUGCCUCGUGUUCCAGCGUCAAAAUAUUUGGUACGAAACCUCGAGGAAUUGCGGCUUCAUUUCCCUCAGUUCUUCAAGUAAUGCCGGGGUGGUAGCCGUCCUCCGAAAUUAGAUUUUAGAUGCCCCCGUUGAACUUGUCAUGAUGUAUUCACUAUUCUAUCAUAAUUCCUUUUUUACAUAACUAGAAUUAUACAUACAAUUAUCUACAGGGAAGAAGUGC